GUUUCUGUAACAACAUGGCGAAUUUGUAAUAAUAAUAUACAGGUUCAUGAACUUGUUAUGUAUCUCCAAGAAGUAUUUUCGUGAAUGUUUUUAGUCGAAUGUGUUAAUUAAGGUUCAAGUUUCAAGUAAAAUUAAUAUUGGAAUAUUGUUGACAUCCAGAGAUCAUUUAUGACAAUCGUAUAUUUGGGUUUUUCUAACAUUUGAGUAUGCCGCGUCGUGGUAACGAAAUAGAGGCUCCGAUAACACCUAAGAAGAAAAAAGUAACAGAAGAAUGUGCAAGUUUAGACGUAUCUUUCGUCGAUGACGAAGCGUUACCUUCUGGUAUUAUCUUUACUGAUGUCCAAUCAAAGAAGUGGCGCAUUGGAAAGCCUAUAGGUCGUGGGAGUUUUGGUAGAAUUUACCUUGCAUCAAAUGAUGUGGAUAAAGAAGUAACAAAACAAAAUGCCAGAUAUGUUGUGAAGAUUGAACCACACACAAACGGCCCACUGUUUGUCGAAAUACAUUGCAUGAUUAGAACAGCACAAGCAUCUAAAGUUAAAACAUGGUGUCAAGAAAAUAAACUGAAGCGAAUUGGUAUGCCUAUUUAUAUAGCAAGUGGAUCUUUUACUGAAGAAAGUUCCGGAAUAAAAUACAGAUUUCUAGUAUUACCAAGAUAUGAUAUUGAUUUACAAAAAAUCAUAGCUCGGACCAGAACUUUGGAUUUAAAAAAUGUUUUAGUACUUUCUAUACAGAUAUUAGAUGUGUUAGAAUAUUUACAUAACCAAGGUUACACACAUUCAGAUAUUAAAAGUUCAAAUUUAAUGAUCGGUUUUGACAGUAUUAAAGUUAUAAAAGCGGCAACUCCAAAAGCAACUCAAAGCUUUCAGAAAAACACAAAACACGUUCUUGUUGCCGAUAAGCAUAAGAAUAAACCAAAUCGUUCUCGUUCUUCUAAUUAUUAUGAUGACGAAGAUUUUAUUGUUAGACAAAGAACAGAUAUAUGUAAUGAAGACAAAAGAUUGGUUGUUGUUAAGAAAAAAUUAAAGAAGAUCCUUACUGAAAAAGAUAAAAAAAAAUACAGAAAUCAUGCUUUUAACUUGAGACAUUUAUCUAAUUACGUAAACUAUGAAGAUUUAAGUUCAGUGUGUUCUGAUCGUUCGUAUCAAAAACUAUUAGAUGAUUACGGUAAUAAAAGAUUACUCUGUGUGGUUGAAAAGAUAAAAGAUGAGAGAACUACGGAGAAUAAAGAUUUAGAAUUACAAUUAGAUGAAAUAUAUAAAGAUGCUGUUUUAUCACAAUCUAAUGGACAAAUAUAUCUUUUAGAUUAUGGUCUUGCUUCGAAAUUUUUAGAUUCCGAUGGUAAUCAUCGAGAUUUUGGUAUGGAUGCAAGAAAAGCUCAUGACGGCACUCUAGAGUAUAGUUCCAGAGAUUCUCAUAUCGGUGCUCAUUCUAGAAGAUCUGAUUUAGAAACUUUAGGCUAUAAUAUGCUGGAUUGGCUCACAGGAACAUUACCUUGGAAAACACCGAAGGUUCUUGCUGAACCAGAUUUAGUACAUGCGGUAAAGAAAAACUUCAUGAAUGAUGUAAAAACUUUACUAAAGACAUGUUUUAAAACGGAAUUUUAUCCACAAUUUAUGGAGAAAUAUCUUCAAUAUAUCACUAGUUUGGAUUUCACAGAGAAACCUGAUUAUGAUUAUUGUAGAAAUUUGUUUAAAAGUGAAUUGAUACGAAACGGUUAUGCAUUUGAUAAAGAAAUGAAUGUCAAUUUCUCCGAGCCGUCUCUAUCACCGAUUAGUCGAAGUAAAUUAAAUUAUUCAAAGAGAUUUGGUAGAAAAAACACGCCACCAGAUUUCGUAUCCAAGAAUGGUAUUAAAAAAACAUACGAGAGAGAGAAUUUAUGCUCUUUAGAGAAUGGUCUUAAAUUGGAAUUAUUGAAGCAUACAUUGAAUACGUCUAGUGAAGGUGUACGUAAACCUUGUUCUUCGCGAAACUUCUUCAUAUCUGACGCAGAUUUAGUUGCCCGUUUGAAAAAAUCUUUAAUGCCGCACGAUGUGGUAGGAAAGAAAUUGUCUCCUAAAAAUUUGAGAUCCAAACAGAACGUAAAACGUAAAGGUGCCAGACUGCAUAGGAAUAGUGUUGGAAAAUUCGGUAACUUAAUGGGAUCAGCGAAACAGUUUACUUGGGCUGAAAUAUUAGCUGGCAACCCGGAGGAUAUUAUUAGGAAGGAUCGUAACCCUGUUAGUGAAGAUGAAACCACUAAAUAUAGAAUUAGAAAACUAUCGGAUGCAUCAAAUUAUGAAACAACCCUUCAGUCACCGUUAAUGCAGAAAGAUUACCUACAAGGUUUAAACCCUACAUAUGCUAUGAAGGAAGUAAUAGCAAAUUUCAAGAGGAAACUUUCCGGAAAGAAUAAAAUACAAGAAGAAUGUCCGCCUGGCUUAGAAGGAUAUACUCCAAUAAUGAUAAAAUUAUACAAAUUGAAAGAAAAGAGAGAAGCUAAAGAGAAAUUUGAUUUACUAAAACAGGAUUCUGAUAGUAAGGAAAUAAUAAAAGAACAGAGAUGUACAAGGUCCAUGACUAAAAUUGAGAUUCCAAUAAGAAGGUCUACAAGAAAUAAACCAAUCAAUACUAACAAUGUGAAGACCUCGGAAAACAAUUCCGAACAAAUGCCUGUUAUUAUUAAAAAUGCAAACAAAACUCCAAGAACAAGGAGUGCAGGAAACAAAAAAGAAAUUACAAUUUCAAAUACUAAGAAGCCUGCCCAAACAAGAACGAAAACUAAAACAGUUGUUCUGAACAGACGAAGGUUAAGGAGCAGUAAACGUAAGAAGAGUAAAUAGGAAGUUUUCUAUUUUUAAUCUUUCUGAUCUAAAACCUUUGGCUUAAAGGUUGACCUAGCAUAAGUACAAUGGUAAAAUUUGAAAAAAAGUACUGUUUCUUCAGUAAUAAUUACAACAUAUUUUAGACAUUUAAAUUGUCUUUCUUGUGUCUUAUUAAUUAAUAAAAUCUUUACAUUAAGUAUUUUGUUGGUUAUUUGCCGAUCUUAAAUUCAAAUGUGUAAAAAAAAUCUGUAAAAUAGACUGGAAUUUGCAACAAUGCAAUUCGUUUAUUAUAUAGGAGUAAGUUUGAGAUUUUGACAGUUACUUUGUACGUUCGUCACUUAUUUUCUGAAGUUUGUGCAUUUAAGGAAACGUCGCCUUUAGGUUUUGUUUUUCUUAAGAUAAUUUUCAUCAAUAAAUCCUUUUGUUUUUCA